AUCCCGACGUUCUACCAGUGUGUUUGAGGCGGACCCAAAUCUUAACUUAUUAGUUGGAGGACACUUACACCAAAGGACACGCACAUACACACAGUCGUCCUCCAGAGGUGCAGCAGCAGCCCGCACACCACCACACUGUUUCUAUGUAUGUGCCCCGGCACAGUGCAGACAGAGGUUGUAAACAUGGCGGCGGACGGGAUGGUGCUUACCAACCACGACCAUCAGACCCGAGUGGGGAUUUUGACGGUCAGUGACAGCUGUUUCAAUAACUUGGCUGAGGACAGGAGUGGAGUCAACCUGAAAGACCUGGUCCAUGAUCCCUCACUGCUGGGAGGAGUCAUAGCAGCCUACAAGAUUGUUCCAGAUGAGAUCGAUGAAAUCAAGGACACUCUUUUGGAGUGGUGCGAUGAACAGCAGCUGAAUCUCAUCCUCACUACUGGAGGAACUGGCUUUGCACCACGAGAUGUUACUCCUGAGGCCACCAGAGAAGUGAUAGAGCGAGAGGCUCCGGGUAUGGCUCUCGCCAUGCUGAUGGGAUCACUCAACGUUACACCACUAGGCAUGCUGUCCAGGCCAGUGUGUGGUAUCCGUGGUAAAACUCUGAUCAUCAACCUGCCAGGGAGCAAGAAGGGCUCUCAGGAGUGUUUUCAGUUCAUCCUGCCCGCUCUGCCCCACGCCGUUGACCUGCUGCGUGAAGCCGCGGUCAGGGUUAAAUCCACACACGCCGCGCUGGAGCAGCUGCCCUCCCCUUCCCCUCUGCUGGCCAACACGCACAGCGACACAAACGCCAACAUGCACACCAUGGAGCGCGGCACCCAAUGCGAGGAAGAGGAGGACGAGGAGGAGGAGGAGGACAGGAGGAGAGUUCGACACGCGCACAACCACCACCACCACCACCACCAUCACCAGCAUGGUACCUCCCACAUCACCGCAGCUGCUAUCGCUGCCAAGACGAGCCAUGCUGUGGUCAUGGCUAAGGGGGGUCCCUACUUUGCCGGCAACACACCUGCCCCACCCACUCAUUUCACCUGCUCCUGUAGUCAUGAUCAGCAGAUCCCGGACUCUAUCAUUUCCCGAGGCGUUCAGGUGCUUCCUCGAGAUUCUGCCUCUUUAAGCUCCACCCCUUCCGAGUCACCACGGGCCACACAGGCGACCUCCCGUCUUUCCACCGCCUCAUGCCCGACACCCAAGGUUCAGUCACGAUGUGGCAGUAAUGAGAACAUUCUGAGAGCAAGCCACAGUGCGGUGGACAUCAGUAAAGUGGCACGUCGUCAUCGCAUGUCUCCGUUCCCGUUGACUUCAAUGGACAAAGCCUUCAUCACUGUUCUAGAGAUGACACCCAUUCUGGGAAUUGAAGUCAUUAACUACAGAGAUGGUUUCGGUCGAGUGCUCGCUCAGGACAUAUAUGCCAAAGACAACCUUCCUCCGUUCCCUGCUUCUGUUAAAGAUGGCUAUGCUGUACGAGCUGCUGACGGCCCGGGAGAUCGCUUCAUCAUGGGAGAAUCCCAGGCUGGACAACAGCCCACUCAUACAGUGAUGCCAGGUCAGGUGAUGAGGGUGACAACCGGGGCUCCGAUUCCUUGUGGAGCUGACGCUGUGGUCCAGGUAGAAGAUACAGAACUUCUGAGGGAGUCUGAGGAUGGCACUGAGGAGCUGGAGGUGAGGAUCAUGGUCCAGGCCCGUCCUGGACAGGACAUCAGGCCAAUAGGCCAUGACAUCAGGCGAGGGGAGUGUGUGUUGGCUAAAGGAACACAUAUGGGGCCGUCAGAGAUCGGCCUGCUGGCUACAGUGGGAGUGACUGAGGUCAGCGUGCACAAGUUCCCUGUGGUGGCAGUCAUGUCCACUGGAAACGAGCUGUUGAAUCCAGAGGAUGAUCUUCACCCAGGAAAAAUACGAGACUCCAACCGCUCCACCCUGCUGUCCACCAUCCAGGAACAUGGAUAUCCCACCAUCAAUCUGGGCAUUGUUGGAGACAACCCUGAUGACUUGCUGUCAGCGCUCCAUGAGGGAAUCAGUCGUGCCGACGUCAUCAUUACUUCGGGGGGUGUGUCCAUGGGAGAGAAGGACUACCUAAAGCAGGUGCUGGAUAUUGACCUUCAUGCUCAGAUCCACUUUGGACGAGUCUUUAUGAAGCCAGGUCUUCCUACUACAUUUGCCACAGUUGACAUCGACGGAAUUCGGAAACUCAUCUUUGCUCUGCCAGGAAACUUCAACUUCAGAGAGACUGGGUCCUCCCUGCUGGAGGUCGUAGCCCCGAGUGAGACCGAGGCCAGACAACCACUAACCCCUGCACCUAGAGGAAGUAACCCAGUGUCUGCAGUGGUGACCUGUAACCUGUUUGUGAUUCCUGCUCUGAGGAAGAUGCAAGGCAUUCUGGACCCUAGACCUACAAUUAUUAAAGCUAGGCUUUCUUGUGACGUGAAGCUGGAUCCCAGACCAGAGUACCACCGCUGUAUUCUCACCUGGCAUCACCAGGAGCCACUGCCCUGGGCACAAAGCACAGGCAACCAGGUAUCCAGCAGGCUUAUGUCAAUGCGUAGCGCUAACGGUCUGCUGAUGUUACCUCCCAAAACAGAGCAGUACGUGGAACUGCAUAAGGGAGAGGUUGUGGACGUCAUGGUCAUCGGACGGCUAUGAUGCACG